GUAGGAGAAAAUGGCAGGAAUGAAUAUCUCUGUGGAUAAGGAGCAGUUCUGUUGCUCGGUGUGCUUGGAAGUGCUGUGGGAGCCGGUCACCAUUCCCUGUGGACACAGUUAUUGUAUGGAAUGCAUUAAAGGUUACUGGAGGAAAUGCGAGUUGAAAGAGGAAUACAGCUGCCCUCAGUGUAGACGCACCUUUAGUCCUAAACCUGUGCUAUGCAGAAACACCAUGCUGGCUGAUAUUGUGGAGAAACUGAGAACCGGCGUUCAAGAUGCUGGUAGGAAAGCAGCGGAUGUCGAAUGUGACGUUUGCACUGGGAAGAAACAUCGAGCUGUUAGGUUUUGUGUGAAAUGUCAGACGUUUUACUGUGAGAUGCACCUGAAAUCUCACAAUGAAAGGAAUCGUGGCAGGACGCACCCUCUUACUGAAGUUACAAAACAACCGCAGAAGAGAAUCUGUUCACGGCACAAUAAAUUGCGGGAUGUGUACUGUUGCACAGACCAACAAUGCAUUUGUAGUUUGUGCUUCAAAGAUGGACACAAAGGGCACAGCGUCGUGACGGUCAUGGAGGAGAGGAUGGAAAUACAGAAACAUCUUGAGGAAGCAUAAAAGUCCAAACUGAGGUGUAAGGAACGAGAAAAAGAACUCAGAGAUAUUGUAAAAUAUAUCAAGCGUUCAACACAAGCGGUUGAGGAUGACAGCGAAAAGAUCUUCACCAGACUGCAGCGCUCCAUCGACAGAAAGCAUUUGGAGGUGAAAGAGCUAAUCAGAGGUGAGGAGAGGAUAGCUCUAGGCCAGACGGAGAAACUUCUGGAACGAUUGAAUCAACAGAUAGUUGAACACAGAAGAGGAGAAGCCGAUCUAGAGAUGCUCUCAAACACUGAGGAUCAUAUCAAUUUCCUGCAGAACUAUAAGACGCUCUGCGCUCCUCCUGACACUGGGGGGCGCCCCAGCAUCGACGUCCAUCCGUACUUCUCUUUGCUGAUACUGAGAAAAGCUCUCGCAGAGCUGAGAGAUAAAGUCAACGAGGUCUGUGACAGAGAAUUGACAAAGAUCGCAGAAUUAGUUGGUGAAGAGCACGAUCAGUCAGCUGAAAACUCCCUGAGCUGUCCAUUGAACACUGAUACAGCCCAUAGACAUUUACACCAGACUGAGCCGAGGACCAGAGGAGAUUUCUUACAGUACUGCUGCGAUUUGACAUUAGACCCAAACACAGUCAACUCUUGCCUCCGCCUUUCUGCAGACCGUACAGAGGUCACGACCGACCACGAGCCGCAGCCGUACCCCGAUCACCCAGAGCGCUUCAUCAGCUGGGCUCAAGUCUUGUGCACCGAAGGUCUGUCUGGACGUGGAUACUGGGAGGUUGAGUGGAGAGGCGGUGGAGGAGUUUCUAUUGGCGUUUCCUACAGAACUGGAGGAAAUAUGGACCAAAAACUGGGAUGUAAUUUGAAAUCGUGGAGCUUAGAUUUCUCAGAUUCUCUUUGUUUGUUCCAGCACAAUAAGUUUAGUGUAGAAAUUCACACUCCAAUGCCUCACAGAGUUGGCGUGUAUCUCAAUCACAGUGCUGGAACGCUGGCAUUUUAUUGCAUUUCUCUGGCAGACGAUACCAUGAUUUUGCUACAUCGAGAGCAAACUACAUUCACUCAGCCUCUCUAUCCUGGUUUCUGGGUAGGACUUGGAUCUACUUUGAAACUUUGUCGAACGUUCAGCUUUUCAGCUUAGGUUAUGCAUUCUGUGCUCAUUUCGUUUCAAUGGACAGUUCACCCAAAAAUCAAAAGCAUGUCAUUCGCUCACCUUUGUGUUGCAUUCGUGUUUUUCUCUUGUGGCUUGUUAUUGUAGAGACCAAACUGCCCAUGCAACAAUGAAAAGUAGCGCUCUGACCUCGAUAU